AUGUCGCUGCACUUGGCAGUCUCGCAACCCAACAUCAACCAACUCGCCCCACAUCCAAUCCCCCGAAUGCGCUACUCCUCGCCAGUCCCACUCCAGCCGGUCGGAUACAAGGACAGCGACGAGCGAGAGGAGGACGAGCGGCUGGACGAGCUCGACGAGCUCGACAAGCUGCACGCGCCGCACUCACCCGAGCUGCCCCACUCCCGACCGACAACCCUUCCAUCCUCGGGCCACUAUGACUCGCCCAGCAAGGCCGACUACCAGGACUAUACGUGCGCCAAGGAGCCCCACAGCCUCCAACCCAUCCAUCUCGAAGGCGGACCGGAGCCCUCGCCUCUCCCAACCCAUCGGACCCACUCCUUGAAGUACAAACCCCCAGCGCAUACUAAACGAGUCCUGUUCCUUGGAACCUCUGCCUUGGUCGGACUAGCCUACAUGAUCGUCUUCUUCGCCACCCAAGGAACCCGCUACGGCCAUUCACUUCAGAUUAAUGUGAUUCUCAUGAUCUCAGACGGUUUCGGACCGGCCUCCGAAAGCUUCGCCCGCGGCUUUGUCCAACAUCUCCAGAACCUAACAGAAGAAGAACAGGCCAAAUUCUCUCGGUGGACGUUCCCUGAAGCCAAGCCUGCUCAACCGCCACUCAAACGCACUGGACCUUCAAAAAAUCGUUUCGGUCCUCUCCCCUUGGAUCCACUCCUUGUCGGCAGCUCCAGAACUAGAAGUAGCAAUUCUUUGAUUACAGAUUCAGCCGCUGGAGCAACCGCGUUUUCCUGUGCUCUGAAAACAUAUAAUGGUGCGAUUGCUGUGGAGCCUGUCAACCAGAAACCGUGUGGGACAGUUCUAGAGGCCGCAAAACACCGAGGAUACUUGACUGGCUUGGUGGCCACAUCGCGCAUAACGCAUGCGACACCGGCCUCUUUCUAUGCACAUGUGAUCGACAGAGACAUGGAGAGCAAGAUCGCGACGUUUCUUACGGGCGAUGGUCCACUGGGACGCAGUGUUGACCUAGCUUUCGGUGGUGGCCGAAGAUUCUUUCUUCCCAGCUCGAGCCUCACCUCCUCUCGUUCAGACGACCACGAUCUACUGGCGACCGCCCAAUCCAAACACGGCUUCACGAUCCUCAACUCGACCGAGGCGUUCGAGAAAGCCUGGGACCCCACUUCUGCGAACGGCCACUUCAAGACCCCCGUCCUCGGACUCUUUAAUGAUAAUCACAUGAACUAUGAGAUCGAUAGGAUCAGCUUGGAAGACACCGACAAGCGAGAGCCUUCUUUGAGGAACAUGUCUUUGGCUGCGCUCCAGACCCUUUCAAGAGAAGCCAAGGACAAGUCUGCUCAUGGGUUUUUCUUGAUGAUCGAAGGAUCUCGGAUUGACAUGGCUGCCCAUUCGAACGAUCCAGUUGGUCAUCUGUACGACAUUCUGGCAUAUCAAGAGACCGUCAGGAUGGUCCAAAGCUGGGUUGAUGAGGCCAACAAAGCGGGCUGGCCUACGGUAAUGAUCUCGGUAUCCGAUCACGAGACGGGCGGACUAGCGCUCGGCCGACAGUUGACGGAGAAGUAUCCGGUGUAUGCAUGGUAUCCAGAGGUCUUGGCGAAUGCAACCCAUUCGACCGCUUGGCUGGCAAAGAAGAUCUCCAUGGCCGUCCGGCCCUCUCAGCCGGUUUCGCGCCAGUUCAUCGUGGAUGAGAUCCUUAGGGAUGGGUUGGGAAUCGUCGACGCCUCCAACGAGGAGAUCGACAAAUUGGUCGACUUGGGCGCACGCCAGAACGUCGAUUACCUCUUGGCUGAUAUGAUUUCUCGAAGAACCCAAGUCGGAUGGUCGACUCAUGGACACUCGGGAGUCGACGUAAAUCUGUACAGUUAUCCUCCCGAUCUCACCAAGGAACUCUUCGGAAACCGGGAAAACACUGAGAUUGGACAGUUCAUUGUAGAUGCAAUGGAAAUCGAUCUCGAUAUUGUCACUAGAGACCUAAAUCGACUGGCCAAAUCAUGGCACGUUACUGAUGAUAAACACAACCCCAACUUCGAAAACAUCCAACUAAAACAUUAUUCGGUAAUUGCAUUUUCUCCUUGUUCUCCUAAAUAUAUAUUCACUGUCUCCCUUACCUUUACUUACGUGUUGCUUUACCUCUCCCUGACCUUUCCCGUCGGAUGA